AUGUCUGACCAAUAUGACCGCGCCCUCAUCAGGCUGAGCACAGCUGAAGAUGAGAAAUUGGAGCCCAUCCUGGCAAAGUUGCUGCCCAUCGUGUUUGAUGAGCUGCUCACGCCAACGGACUCCGCGCAGAAGAAGCUGGUCAACAUCCUGAACCAUGUGCUCACACGUGCAAAGGGCAAUGGGGCCAUUAAGCUGCCAGCACUUAGUAUUUUGCAGCGCUGGUUUAUGCCGGCCGUUGCCAGCACUCAGAAUGGCCCACUGUUCAGAAACUUGUCUAUCAUUUUCCUUGACCUCAGCAUACCGCGUUUGUCCCCACAGGAACAGAUCGAUCUCUCAUUGUAUUCCUUGGAGAACUUUGGAAAGCUGCUUCCUGGCCUGGACAGGGUCGUGGCCUUUCUAGCUGCCAUCCCCGGUCUGGGGCAAAUGGCAGCGGAAGGGCACCGCAAGGAGCAGGUUCCACGGUGCUUGGGCUUGCUCAAAAGCCGGCCGCCCACGGAGAGCUCUGUGUUGUUUUUCCAGAUCGCUAGCGAGUUCUUGCUCAUUCCUUGUGGUGCUGUUGAGGCUGCUUCUGUUGGCGGUCUUGCAUCCGCAAGUUGGUCUCAUUGGAAAUCGCGGCUCAAGUCCAAAUCUGCUGCCGACAUGGUGGCGCUCAAGUGCACGACUCUGCGGUGGCUGGCGUCGCUGGGCGCGGAGCCGGGCGCUCUGGUCUACGUCCCUUCGCUGGUGGCCUCGGUGGAAAACUACGAUGCCGUUUGCAACAUGGCGGAGAGCAACUGCAAGCGAAUUGAUUUGGACCUCGACAUGGACGGUGACAUGGAACUUCUGGGCCGUCUCACGUGCUUGGGCCUCACCUCUGCGCCGGAGGGAGAGAAUUCAUUGAAGGUGGAGACAAAGGCCUCAGUUCCGGCCAAACUGCGGCAAAAGGUGCUGGUGCUGCUGCAGAGGUCGCGUGGGAUCGGCGGACUUGUGCCAUACGUGGUGCACCUGAUUCGGCAAAGCCUCAGGGAAAGCGAGCAGGUGCAGCAGAGUGCGCUGCAGCUUGCUUUACAACUCUCAGAAACAGUCGAUCCUGAGAAACUGGUGGAGACCAGCCAAAGGAUCAUGGAAGAGAUUGAAGCCGUGUUCUGGCCCGGUGGAGGGGUCAUUGCUAUGGGCACAGCAACGCCGCUGGCUUUCAAAGCCUUUGGCAGCUUUGCACGCCAGCUCGCAGAGCGGCCAAGUGGCGGGGGCCGAGUGCUUGCGCUAGAGAGCGCUCCCAAGAUGCUCAGAUUGCUGGCUGCGAACGAGAAUGCAGCACAGGACGACAUUCUCGAAGCACUGUCCGGUCUAGUUGCGUGCCUUCGUGGAAGUGACGCGCAUGAACGCCAAGACUUUUUGCCGCUUCUGGACAAACUUGUUACAGCUCCACGAGCUGUGGUUCGAAGAGAGGUCUUGCGAUGGUCGUCGGCGUUGUUCCCAGCCUCCGCACCCGAAGGUAGGUACUACGCACUGCGGCUGCUUGGCGAUCAGGAUCCAGAUCUUGCAAAGGCAGCGGAAUCGGCACUUUCAAGCGGCGGACGUGAGGCUCCUCCCUUUGUGGACAUGUGCAGCUUCCUUUCUUUGCGCGCACUUGGCCCUGUGGAUGCGGCCGAGAGGAUGUCACAGCAGCAGGAGGUCUUGCGGCAAGGUAUGCCACCACUGGCAGCAGGCUUCACCUGGACGGACCUUGCCCGUGCAUUGUCCUUCCUGAUCAAGUUGGCGGAGGCUGAGGGUCUGCAAACGGUCGAGGAUUACUCUGAGCCAGUGGCCAAGAAGCCACGACUUUCGAAUGAGGCGGGGACAGUCUUCGUGGUCUUGCUCGACUAUAUCCUUGGCACAGUCAUAGAAGGCAAGCCCUGGACCAUUGUCGACGAGAUCGCUGAUGGAGAGACCUGCUUGGAGCUGGCCUUGAAAGGCUUGCACUUGGCAACUUCCCUGUCAAAGGGUCACGAUGCGGUCUUGAACGCGGUCAUCGCCAGAGCUGAAGCACUUCUGCUCGGACAAGGCACAGCCUUCCUGCGCGGAGGGACCAGCACUCGCCUCCGAGAAGACUUGGCGCCCGCGUCCUGGGCAGCUUGGCCGAGCAAGCGCCAGGCCAGGCCCCAGGGCACGGCGGACACGACGCACGGACACCGAUGGACGGCAAGUCGCUGGCUGCAGCAAUUGGAGGCAUCGCUGGCAGACUCUGAUGCAGGACGUCGCGCUGGAGCCGCAUUGGCCAUUUGCGAGCUUCUUCGUGCAGGCGCCGAAACAGCACGACCUGCUGAGCUUUGCCGAAAAGUGCUUGGUUUCUUGGGACCUGCGGAGUCAGACACGUCCACACUGGCAGCAGCAUGUGAUGGGUUGCGACGCCUCAGCGAACGCAAACCGCUGGUUUGGGAGGCCUUGGACUCGCUAGGCUCCGGUUCCGGCUUACUUGAUCGCGUGUUUGAGCUGUCAGCACCUCUGGACGGAGUUGAAGUCAGCGGCCACAACUUGGAGCUCAUCUAUGCAAGUUGGCGAUUCCUUGGGCAGCUGGCAGCGUGGGGUGGUGAUGAGUCUGAGCGCUGUCUUGACAGGCUCAUCUCCAUUGGCAAAAAGGACGUGAGUGAGGAGGCCCUUGCAGCGAUGGGAUUGGCACUGAGCGCAGCAGCAUCAGACCCGCUGGACCCUACAGGCCAGACUGCUGCGACAAGAGUAGCCAAUCUGCAGCUGCGGCUGCUUGAGAUGGCUGAUGAGAAGCCCAUUGACGAGGACGUGCCAGUUGAACGGAAGCGCACUCUGGCGGCAGAACGCGAUGUCGAACAGCGCUGCGGCGUGGUGUGGUCGGGUGUCAUCGUCCGCCGGUGCUAUGCCCAAAAGGUCUUGCGAGUGCUGACAGUCUUGACUUUCAGCUGCUUACUUGAGCCUUGCAAGGAUGGCGCAGCAGCAACUGACAAUCCCUGCCCUGCUUGA